AAGGCAAAAAUGGUGGGGGUGGAAAACGGUAAAUUUUUAUGUAAUGGAUCAAACAAUAAGCAAAAACUGCCGCUAUGAAACGAACAGAUUGAGCCACCGUAUACAUGUUCUGUCAAAACCACAUGAAUAGAAAUAUGCGUAUACAGUGCCGCCGUUGUUUUGAUGCGGUGACUGCGAAAUGAGUUACCUUGAUUGAUUUAUUCGUGAAUGAACCCAUAUUACUGAAAGAAAUCGUCUCGAGCAUGUUUUAUCAAAAAUUAUGAAAAACAAAAACCACGUGUUUCCUCCACCAGUUCAACAUGGUACAAGUAUAAGUCUGAAGUGCCAUAAUAAGUUUGACCCGUAAUGCAAUAUAUUCGAGAGCGGCUUUCUUUGAACCUACAAUCAGAUCAACAAACAAGAACAUCGAACGACUUUGACAAUGCAUCAGCAAAUAUACCUGCUCCAACGGAUACGAGUCCAAAGCCGCCAGUGCGCAAAACUCGGGACGUUUCCAAACCGUCAGAUACAUUAGUAAUUUCUUCUUCGAUCCCUACCAUAUCGGAAACGAUAAGUCAACAAGGCAGUACUCAAAGCCCCUCCAGGAGUACUGGAACAACCGGAUCCAACUAUGGGACACCUUUUCAAAGCCCUGUUGUAUCUGAAAAAUGGUCACCCCACGGACCACAUGCUGAGGAAUAUACCACAUCGCCAAAUAAUAAUCACUUCAGGAAUCACAACCAGUACGUUAGCUACCCCAGUAGAUACGCAACGCCAGUCAUGAGUGGCUAUGUGAAUCACUCUUUUGUUGAUACUAGCGGUAGCCCUGUUACUAAUCAAAACCAGCAUAGUCAUCAAGCACAAGUUGUCCACGAGCAUUAUUGGACAUGGUCAUGCAAGUGCCGCCAACGAUUUACCAACCGUGAAAAAAUAUUACUCUUGGUUAUAUUCUUUUUGUUACUUGUAAUUGGAGGUCUAUCGGCUUAUCUAGGCUUUUCCGAUAACGGAAACCCACUGCAAGGUGGUUUACUAACACCAGGAGUAUUACAUCUAAGAACAGAGGAUUGA